UGGUUCAGCAGGAGAGAGAGACUGCCAUUUUACACAGCUAGCUAGCUAAAUGUCUGAAGUGACAGACCACAAGUUACUCACCUAUGUAGCUAGUAGUCGGCUUGUCUCCAAAAGUACAGCAUGAUUAACGUUAUAUCCUAAGCAAACAUCCAAAACGACAUUUUGUUUUAAGCACAAGUCAUAUUAACAGUGGCGUAAAAACACGGUUGUUUUACAAGGCCCUGAUGGAUAGCCUGGAGCCUGAAACCCUGUUUGUGUCUCCAGAGCAGACUGGACAGCCCACACUCCCCCUUCCUUCCUCAGAAGUCUCCAACUUGGCACUCGGGGGUGGGAAGAAGAUGAAUGGUUCUCUGGACCACCCCGACCAACCAGAUGUUGAUGCCAUUAAGAUGUUCGUAGGACAGAUUCCACGGUCCUGGUCUGAAGAGCAGCUUCGUGAGCUGUUUGAGCCUUAUGGAGCAGUGUAUGAGAUAAAUGUUCUCCGAGACCGCAGCCAGAAUCCCCCACAGAGCAAAGGCUGCUGUUUUAUAACGUACUAUACUCGCAAAGCAGCCUUGGAAGCACAGAAUGCUCUGCACAACAUGAAGAUUCUGCCAGGGAUGCACCACCCAAUACAGAUGAAGCCAGCUGACAGUGAGAAAAACAAUGCAGUGGAGGACAGGAAGCUGUUUAUUGGAAUGAUCUCCAAAAAGUGUAACGAGAAUGACAUCCGACUGAUGUUCUCACCAUACGGACAGAUAGAGGAGUGCCGGAUACUUCGAGGCCCUGAUGGACUCAGCCGUGGUUGUGCAUUUGUGACAUUCACAGCGAGACAAAUGGCCCAGUCAGCCAUCAAGUCCAUGCACCAGUCUCAGACCAUGGAGGGCUGUUCAUCGCCUAUUGUGGUGAAGUUUGCAGACACUCAGAAGGACAAGGAGCAGAAACGCAUGGCCCAACAACUGCAGCAGCAAAUGCAGCAACUCAGUGCUGCUUCCAUGUGGGGAAAUCUCACUGGGCUCAACAGCCUGGGGCCACAGUACCUAGCACUCUACUUACAGUUGCUGCAGCAGUCAGCCUCCACGGGUAAUGCACUCAACAACUUGCACCCUGUUUCAGGUCUUAAUGCCAUGCAGAACCUGGCUGCUUUAGCAGCAGCUGCAACUGCCACACAGGCCACUCCUACAGGCUCCAGCGCCAUGACAACAUCUAGUAGCCCACUAAGUGCACUAACAAGCUCAGCAGGCUCCUCUCCCACCUCCAGCAGCAGCUCAUCAGUGAACCCCAUGGCUUCUCUCGGGGCCCUGCAGUCUCUGGCUGCUGGUGCUGGAGCAGGCCUCAACAUGGGCUCCCUGGCAGGCAUGGCAGCACUGAAUGGCAGCCUUGGCUCUGGAGGCCUGUCUAAUGGCUCAGGAAACACCAUGGAGGCACUGAGCCAGGCCUACUCAGGCAUCCAGCAGUAUGCUGCUGCCACCCUUCCCAGCCUGUACAACCAGAGCCUGCUCUCCCAGCAGAACGUCUCAGCUGCAGGCAGCCAAAAGGAAGGUCCAGAAGGUGCCAAUUUGUUCAUUUACCACCUGCCCCAGGAGUUUGGAGACCAGGACCUGCUUCAGAUGUUUAUGCCCUUUGGAAAUGUCAUCUCUGCUAAAGUCUUCAUUGACAAACAGACAAACCUCAGCAAGUGUUUUGGCUUUGUGAGCUAUGACAACCCUGUGUCAUCACAGGCAGCCAUCCAGUCAAUGAAUGGUUUCCAGAUCGGAAUGAAGAGGCUGAAGGUGCAGCUGAAGCGCUCAAAGAAUGACAGCAAGCCUUACUGAAGGUGCUGAGGCACUGCAGACUUAGUUAAGCAGGGUGGUGUUAUGGUAAGUGGAGUAUGAAUAACCAAGACUGGUCCACUCAGAAACUAGUCUAUGCAUUACAGGGUGAUGUCCGCUGCGCUGCCUCUUCUGCUCAUUUUAACACAUGAGCUUAAAGCUACAUGCCAGAUUUUCCAGGCUAGACUGGGUUCUUCCUGUGUUAUGUUGUGGUUUAUGCACUUUGUUUUCCUUUGAACAAACAAGAAAACAGGUGUCUUUUCAUUUAAGUUGAAAUGUUUGCUGUGGUACAUAAUACACAUAUGAGUUAAUUGUUAGGAUGUGUUGCACAUUGACAGUCAGGUCACAUAGGUGCCAAAUCCUUCAUGUUCCCCUUUCCCCUCCACCACUCACACCCAUCAGGCAGCAGCUGGAAAAGACAUAUAAGGAUGACACAUAUGAUUAGGCAGCAGAAAUCAUUACCAGGUUUUAUUUGACAUUUUCACAAACUAAAUGGGUGGUUGUCCCUACUUUCGUAUUAGAUAUCUGUAUUAACUCUUGAAAUGGAGCCAAUGCAUGUGAUAUACACCUAAAUGAGUAGUAGGUACAGAAGCGUCUGUUGUUUACCAGGAAGAGCUCCACUUAAAACAUGCACAUUGCAUCUAGACUAUUUGUCCUCAUUCUGCAUUUGUAAAGUGUGUGUGUUGGUGCGAGCGUGCAUGCGUGUUGUGAGGGCAGAGUCUAGAUCAGCGACUGUGUGAACAUCUUGGUGUUUCCACUCUGAGCUAAAGUCACUGAAGUCAGGUUUAACAUCCUUGUUGCUAGAGGGAGAAAUGAGUCUGCCACCGGUUUCUGAGCUACAUCUAAAGAUGACACAUUAAUGCUUGUUUAAAUGGGACUUGUCUGUCUGCUGCAGCUGUUGCAUGGCUUACACUUAUCAAGUGGCCUCAGGUGGACGGCUGGGUAUGGGUUGUGUUGUAUACAAACAUUGGCUGGAAUUGAUUUCUGUAUGACAUGAAUAUAAUACGUCUGUCAUUUAUUGUAUUUUUCUUUAUGUGGAGGUUAGUAAGACAUGUUUCUAAUGCAGUUCAAAUUGCAUUAAGUAUAGAUAUUUUUAGAGAACUAAACACAGCAUGUUUCAGCUGUAAGAAGCAUCAAUACAAACCAAACACCACAGGCUCGUUUCACUCAUCUGCCUGAUGCAGAUAGAAUGCUUUGUAUAAUACAUGUUAUGGUUUUAGCUGGUUUUUACCUUGAAUCCAAGUGUUUGGUAAAAAUUCAUCAACAUCCCUCAGCUACUGUCCUGCUAGCUAGCGGCUAGCUGAUCUCUUGACGGCUACACCACUGUCUCUCACUGAAUCUCUUCUGUGAUUGGACAAUUCAUAUAUGUGUCAAUUGUCAAACCUGUCAGUUGCUUAGACUUGCAAGAAAUCAUGUUUUUUUUUAUAGAACUAGAUGUAUAUUUAAACUAUUAUGCCUUUUCUAUUUUUAUAUAGGUUUUAUACUUCCCCUGUGUGUUGGGGAACUAUUUAUUGCCUAAAUUAUUUAUCUGAAUUGAAAUUAUUUUGAAAGACAAAUGUAAAGUCCAACAACUCCAUUUGAUCUCCUGAUGUGUGUCCUCUCCUUGCCUGUUUUGGUGAUGUGUACUACGUGUCUGUGUGGCAUGGCUGUGUGUGUAGGAUCCAUCAUAGAGACCCUCCCUGUCAUACAUGCCUUCAUCUGAAUAAAUCACUCAUUUUCCAAAAACACAGGGAGCAUAGUUUAUUCUAGAAGUCAAUUUCAAAAUGUGUCUGUUUGUCCUGUCUUUCUGUGUGAAUAAAUAGUGACUUUAUGUGUUG